AGAUAUCCAGCAAUAAGUGGGCAUUGCUGGAAGAUGGGGGCUAUGAAGCCUUUGAGGCAUUGGCCUCAGCUGCUCUCGGUGGUGGCGAUUUGCCUCAUUGCCACCACCGUAGUGACUGCUCAACUCGAAGAUGAUUUGAUGUUACCUAUCAAAAACCCUGAACUCGGUGGUGAUUUACCAAAGCAUCAUCAUCACAAUACUUAUCCGCCGGUGGAUCAUCACCAUAAACCACCACAGUCGAAGUAUGGACACCACCACAAGUCACCACCUCCACCAAAAUACAAGCACCACCACAUGCCACCCCCACCCAAACAUUACCACCACCACAAGUCACCACCUCCAUAUCUUUACAAGUCUCCGCCGCCACCGUCUCCUUAUGUUUAUAAAUCUCCUCCACCGCCUCCGUAUGUCUACAAGUCUCCACCACCACCUCCCUACAUUUACAAGUCUCCGCCACCACCUCCUUAUGUCUAUAAAUCUCCUCCACCACCUCCAUAUGUCUACAAGUCUCCCCCACCACCCCCCUACGUCUAUAAAUCUCCUCCACCACCUCCAUAUGUCUACAAGUCUCCCCCACCACCUCCCUAUGUCUAUAAAUCUCCUCCACCACCUCCAUAUGUCUACAAGUCCCCGCCACCACCUCCAUAUGUUUACAAGUCUCCGCCACCACCUCCUUACGUCUAUAACUCUCCUCCACCACCUCCAUAUGUCUACAAGUCUCCACCACCCCCACCUUAUGUCUACAAGUCCCCACCACCACCUCCCUACGUUUACAAGUCUCCGCCACCACCUCCCUACGUCUAUAAAUCUCCUCCACCACCUCCAUAUAUCUACAAAUCUCCGCCGCCGCCACCCUACGUUUACAAGUCUCCCCCACCACCUCCCUACAUUUACAAGUCUCCUCCACCACCUCCCUACAUCUAUAAAUCUCCACCACCACCAUCUCCUUACGUUUAUAAAUCUCCUCCACCACCUCCAUAUGUCUACAAGUCUCCUCCACCACCUCCCUACAUCUAUAAAUCUCCCCCGCCACCAUCUCCUUAUGCUUAUAAAUCUCCUCCACCACCUCCCUAUGUCUACAAGUCUCCUCCACCACCCCCCUAUGUCUACAAGUCUCCACCACCCCCACCGUACGUUUACAAGUCUCCACCACCACCUCCCUACGUUUACAAGUCUCCGCCACCACCUCCCUACGUCUAUAAAUCUCCUCCACCACCUCCCUACGUUUACAAGUCUCCGCCACCACCUCCCUACGUCUAUAAAUCUCCUCCACCACCUCCCUACGUUUACAAGUCUCCGCCACCACCUCCCUACGUCUAUAAAUCUCCUCCACCGCCUCCCUACAUCUAUAAGUCUCCUCCACCGCCACCCUACGUCUAUAAAUCUCCUCCACCGCCUCCCUACGUCUACAAGUCUCCACCACCACCUCCUUACAUCUACAAAUCUCCUCCACCACCACCUUAUGUCUAUAAGUCCCCUCCACCACCUCCCUACAUCUAUAAAUCUCCUCCACCACCUCCUUAUGUCUACAAGUCUCCUCCACCACCUCCCUACAUCUAUAAAUCUCCGCCGCCACCAUCUCCCUACGUCUACAAGUCUCCGCCACCACCUCCCUACGUCUACAAGUCUCCGCCACCACCUCCCUACGUCUAUAAGUCCCCUCCACCACCUCCCUACAUGUAUAAAUCUCCGCCACCCCCUCCCUACGUCUACAAGUCUCCACCACCACCUCCUUACAUCUACAAAUCUCCUCCACCACCUCCCUACGUCUACAAGUCCCCUCCACCACCUCCCUACGUCUACAAAUCUCCACCACCACCUCCCUACGUCUACAAGUCCCCUCCACCACCUCCCUACGUCUAUAAAUCUCCGCCACCCCCUCCCUACGUCUACAAGUCCCCUCCACCACCUCCCUACGUCUAUAAAUCUCCACCACCGCCUCCCUACGUCUACAAGUCUCCACCACCACCUCCUUACAUCUACAAGUCCCCUCCACCACCUCCCUACGUCUACAAGUCUCCACCACCACCUCCUUACGUCUACAAGUCUCCACCACCACCUCCCUAUGUCUACAAGUCCCCUCCACCACCUCCCUACGUCUAUAAAUCUCCGCCACCACCUCCCUACGUCUACAAAUCUCCUCCACCACCACCCUAUGUCUAUAAGUCUCCACCACCGCCUCCCUACGUCUACAAGUCUCCACCACCGCCUCCCUACGUCUACAAGUCUCCUCCACCUCCAUCUCCAUCUCCUCCCCCACCUUAUAUCUAUAAAUCACCACCUCCACCAUCUCCAUCACCACCUCCUCCAUAUAUUUACAAAUCUCCGCCUCCACCAUCUCCAUCACCUCCUCCACCUUAUUACUAUAAGUCACCUCCACCUCCAUCCCCAUCACCACCACCACCUUACUAUUACAAGUCCCCUCCCCCUCCAGUGAAGUCUCCACCACCUCCAUAUUAUUAUAAGUCUCCACCACCACCAUCUCCAUCACCACCACCACCUUAUUACUACAAAUCACCUCCUCCACCGCAUAAAUCCAAAUAUCCACACUAGAACACCACCAACAAAAGUUCACUAAGUGAUGUCAUUUAAAUUAUAUUAAGUUGUAUGAAUAAUAUUAGCCAACUUUCUACGUAGAAGGUGAAUUUGGAGGCGAUCAAUUUAAUUAAUGGUGUGCUGUUCCUGGAUCCUUUGCGAGUGUAUCAUUCCAGAGGACUUGUUGUAUUGUUUUUUUGGCAUCCAAGAUCUGGAUGCUAAAGAUUUGAAUUCUAUCAAUUGUUGUAUUUGACUUUACAUAAUCCUUCGCAAAUUCAAUUCUUCUGGUUUGUGUUUAUCACUAUUUCAUUUAAAUUUAUGUAUUUUGAUGUUUAAUUGAUGAUGACGA